AUGAGGACACAUCACAAACUUAUAAAGAGUCUUUCACUCUUCACAACGCUAUCACUGGCAUCACAAUUAUCACAAUUGGAAAAUUCACUUGGAAUACAAACUUUUGCACCACCAGCUCUCAUCUUCUCUUCAAAUAAUGAUAGUUCACUUCAAUUGCUGGGAAGCUAUGAUGCCCUUUCCCUUUAUACGUAUACGGGACAACAAAAUUUCUCUUAUCAGAUAACGCCAGAUACUAAUUCAAAUGGGCUAGUAUAUUAUUCCAACAACACGUUAAUACAAUUGAAUCAAGGCCUUGAUGAUACUCGAAUCAAUAAUAUUGUCCCCAUAGGGUCGGACUCCUUUAUAUUAAGUGGUUCAGGCUCACUCAAUGAAUAUUCGCUCGAAAAUCAACUAUUUUAUAACCUUUCCUCCCUCUCAGUAUACCCAAUCUUCAAUACUACCCUAGAACAAGUGGAGUCAAUUCUUGUGGAUGAAGACUUGGUCUAUUUUGGUGGUAAUUUUACCUUUUCUAAUGGGACUGAUGAUGGUCAUAGUGUGGCUGUUUGGAACAUUACCUCUAAUUCCACAGGUCUACUACCAUUUCUGGGAUUCGGUGAAAAUUCUUCCAUUAAUAAUAUUUUAAGACUUAAUGACGAUAAUAUUUUAUUUGCAGGUGAAUUUUAUACUUUAGACGAUGCCAGCCUGCUUACUUCCAAUACAAGUAAUGCAACCACAAACAUUUAUGAUCUCGAAUUAAGUCCUCUACUUCCACUUAAUGAAGCUACAUGGAGCUCAGAUGUAAGUGACUUUGACGCAAGUUCAUUUAUUUGUGUAAAUCCAGAUUCAGACGCAUGGUUUGUCUCUGGAACGACCGGAACAUUGGCUUGUUCUUUGCCUUACGAUUCUGCUUUGACUAAAAUUCGUAUUUAUAAUUCUCCAGACAGUCAAAACCAAAUUUCAGAAUUCAGGCUAAUAUCAGAUCCAUCCGGGAGUAUCAUGAAUAUGACCUACAUUGACCCUCGUACCGGAAAUUUAGAACACUGUGAUUCAUAUUGUCCAUUACUUUCAAGAGACACUCUUUCUUCAGCAAGUGAUGCGGCAUCAGUUUCUGAAAUGGCAAGAUUAUUAUCUGAUAACGCCACCGUGAUUAAAUGGAGUGCAGAAUAUCAAGAAUUCGGGUUCGUUAAUGUUGUUAGUACCACAUUACUACAAUUCCUUGCGUUAAACUCCUACGGAAGUAACGUUGCUUUAGCGGGCUACAGCCUUUAUCAGGACGAAUAUGCUGUAUUUGCGAACAAUUCUCUGAAUGGCGCAAGUUGCACAUCAAAUAAUUCAGAUUACACAUCUUCAACAUUAUCUGAUAAUGACUGGGUAUUUGGUGCGAGUGGGCAAACCUAUGUGACAACUUUUUAUACAGAAGGUGACGACCCCAUUCCACAAGUUACUUUCAAUGCAAAUUUACCUUACUCUGGUGACUAUGUAAUUAAUCUGUAUACACCGGGUUGUUCGGAUGACGGGACCUGUUCAACAAGAGGGCUUGUCAACGUUACCGUAUACGAUGAAUCUGAUGAUAGUAUUUUAUCCACAGUAGAAAUCUAUCAAAACAAUGAAGCUCUAAAAUAUGAUGAACUAUUUUCAGGUUAUUUGAAAAACUCAGUCAGGAUCGUUUUAGAAUAUGUCUCAGGUAUUAGCUCGGAUUCAACCGGAACUACUGUUGUAGCCGAUCGCAGUAACAUUUAUGUUACUUCGCUAGAUAUUCUAGGUCAAAUUUCCUCAUCUAAAAAUGGAAGCACUGUUGCCCUAAAUGGACUUUUCCAAUAUCAAUUGUCUAACUUCUCAUCUACGUUUAACUCAUCUAGUGCAAAGGUUGGAAAAACAUUUUUGAAUCAGUAUCCCCUAGAUAUUUUCAAUACAAAUUCUUCCUUGUUUGCUUCUACCUAUGAUAACUACCUACUUGUAGGGGGCGCUGAGCAAAGUGUGUACGCUUUAGAGUCCAGUAAUGACCUAAAUUUUUCUACUAGUGAUAAUUCAGGAGUUGAAGGUCAAUUUAAAAAUAUGCAACCAUUUUCAGAAGGGAUUUUCCUUUAUGGUAACUUCAAUUUGUCAGGAGUAACUGAAGGAGCAGUCACUUACAAUGGUUCUUUCAACCCAUUUACACAAUAUGGUAAUUCGUCGAUAGAUACUUUCAAAAAUGUAACAUUUGGUAACUCCGAGAUACUCGUUUUUAAUAAUGCGUAUCUAUACAAUGUUUCCUCGUCUACAUUAAUGUCAAAUAGUUCUUCACUUUCGCUGUCUUUAUGGUCUGCAGGAGCCAAUGCCAAUGGAGACUUAUUAUUCAACGGGGCCUCUUCUCAAAUGUCCUAUAGUUUUAACAAUGAAUCUAUCAAUAUUGGAGCCAACAACAUAGUUCAAGGGUUGAAUUUUAACGAAAGCAUUGAUCCUUAUCUAGGUCUUUAUAUGAAUACUUCCCAUGGAGCAUAUUUCUACCAAGACGACGAUAAUACUAGAGUAUAUUUCACAAAUGGAUCUCAGCCAUCAUGGCAGUGGCCAAAUGAUGUGGUUGCUGCUAUUUAUUCGGAUAAUCAAUCCCUUUUAAUUGCCGGAACAUCCUCAUCCUUGGAAUCUAGUUCUUUCCUAACAGUACUCAACACUACCACUUAUGACGUUAUAGCUAACGAAUCAUUAAGCUCGCAACAAUCACAAAUUAGUGGUAUUGUAAACUUUGCCUCCAAUGCUACAGCAAUUAUUGGUGGUAAUUUCAGUAUGCCAAAUGUUAAUUGUUUCGGCCUAUGUCUUUUUAAUUAUGGAAAUUCUACUUGGAGUUCCUUUGCUGAUGCCUCUAUCAAUGGUACUGUGGAUCAUAUGCAGCUCUUCAAUGAAUCAGAACUGAUUGUAUCUGGUCUUUUUAGCACGAAAAACAUAUCUUCCAUCACUAUGGCCUCUUUAAAUCUCAAAAAUAACAAGAUUACAGCUUUGAAAUCUGGCGAAUCAAAUACAUUCAAAUCUUUCACCGUAGCUGAUCAAAAAAUCGUUGCUUGGAAUAAUACAGCCCUUUCUAUUUAUGAAGAUAAUGUGUGGACUGUCGAAAGAAUAUCAAAUAUUAAUUCUUCAUCGGUGGUGGAUAACCUCAACUAUGUCACACUAGCUAGUGCCUUGAGUAAGAGAGAUACAAGUUCUAGUGAUGCAAUCUUGGUAUCUGGUCAACUUUACGACAAUAGUUAUGGGCACAUCCAAGCUAUGGUUUAUGAUUUUUCAAGCUGGGUGCCUUAUCUACUAAUUAAUUCGGAGAGUGAUUCCUCGAUUAAUGCCUUUAUUGAUAGAGAUAUGUCUAGCUUUACGAACACACAGGUUGCUCUGUUAACAAACAGUGGUACUGUAAGCAAUUCAAGUUCUUCCACGACGUCACCAGGAGCAUCCGCAAGUGCAACGAGCAUUCCCAACAAAACGCAUAAAAGAAAGAUUGAUCGUGGCUUCGUGGUACUACUAGGUCUAGCACUUGCAUUAGGCACAGUAGCAGUGCUUGGUAUUGCCGGAGUUAUCAUGGCUUACGUCUUCAGAGAUGAUAAUGGGGCUUAUGAACCCAUCAAUCCUCGUAUUGACGAGAACGAAAUGAUAGAAACGGUCCCUCCAGAGAAGUUGAUGAAGUAUAUAUAA